AUGGUGGGUCAUGGUCUAGCUUGUGCUCCUGACAAAGGACUGACAGGAAACAUGAAAGUUCUUGCUUUUGUUGCUGUAUUUGUGGGCGUGGCCGCCGCCCUUCCCGGCCUCCGUCUGCGUCGCGACUCGUCUCCUCUGCGCUUCGAGCUGCCCUCCAACGCCUCACUGGUUCUGGGUGGAAUCAACACCGGCUUCGACUGCGCCGAACUCCCCUACGGUUACUACGCCGACACCAGCAACGACUGCGCCCUGUUCCACGUGUGUCUGCCCUACAUCGACAACAACGUGUACAUCACCCGCCACUUCUCGUUCAUGUGCGGCGAGGGCACCAUGUUCGACCAGGAACGUCUCGUGUGCGCUUUCCCCGAGGAAGCCCUUCCCUGCUCCGAGGCCGCCGCCUUCAGGAAGUCCAACGAAUACUUCGGUCGCGCCGACGUCAACUUCCUGGAGUAG